AUGGUCAUGACGUACUCUCCAGGACUUGGCUAUCUAUGCAGGGCGAGUCUCUCUAUUAUAAUCUUUCCUUGCGCCGCUUUCUGGGCCCUUCAAAGUGUGCUCAUCAAGUUCAGUUUCAACAUUCCUGUUUGGGUUGUCUUGGUCGUCCCGUUGGCCUUGCAGUUUGCCAUUCACCUCCUUGGCGCUUUGACCACGAACUUUACUGUUGGUAAGGAAGCCACUUCACGGGGCGCUCUCAGAUUGCCCCGCGUUCAAGAGAGCAGUAUCGCUAUCUUGCAGCGGGUUGUGCAUAGUUUCAAGAAUGGAUAUCCGAGUGAAGUGUUCCACGAGUGGAGCCAAAAAUAUGGCAAUACCUUUUCAUUUGGCGCUUUCUCAGACAGACAGGUCUUUACAAGCGAGCCAGAUCAUCUAAAGGCAUUCUUGGCGACGCAGUUUCAAGAUUUCGAAAAAGGUCCUUUCGUUAUCAACGCUGCCAAAUCCUUUGUAGGGACCGGCGUUUUCAACUCGGACGGCGCCAUACUCCAUCGAACAAUGACAAGACCAUUCUUCAACAAAGACCGAAUUUCUGACUUCGACAACUUCGAGAGACAUGCCAGUAGUACGAUCACCCAGAUCAAAGCGAGGUUGAGGGAGGGUCAUACUGUCGACUUUCAGGACGUCGUUGCCCGCUUUACGUUGGACUCUGCUACAGAGUUCUUGUUCGGAAAAGAUGUCGAGUCGAUAUCUUCUGGCCUUCCCUACCCAACUGGAUCCCCACUGGCAGGAGAUCUCCAUUUCGUUAAUCACCCGUCGAAUGUUUUUGUAACGGCGAUUGCGAGGGCGAGUGAACAUAGUAUGACUCGACUGCGGAGGGGUCCUUUCUGGCCUCUUUACGAGCUCUUGUCGGAUAAGGUAAAACCGCACCGGCGAGUAAUGGAUAAUUUUGUCCAGCCAAUGAUCACCGAAGCACUUGACCGAAAAGCCAAAGGCAUCAAAUUUGCGGGUUCGGAGAAGACUCUUGAGAACAUGUCCUUGCUGGAUCGUCUUGUAGAGGACAUCGAUGAUCCUAAAGUUGUUCAAGAUGAGCUUAUCAACGUAUUGGUGGCUAGUAGAGACACGACUUCUUCUCUACUGACCUCAGUGGUAUAUAUGUUAUGUGAACAUCCGGAUAUGGCGAAUCGCCUACGAUCGGAGAUCCUCGAGAAGGUGGGCACCAGGAGACCUACAUAUGAGGACGUUCGUGACAUGAAAUAUCUACGAGCAUUUUUGAAUGAAACGUUGCGGCUGUACACACCUGUCCCAGAAAAUUCUCGGACAUCGAAAGUGGCGACUACUAUUCCAAAUAAAGGCCGCGCACCGUAUUAUGUUCCAAAAGACACUACGAUGUUGUAUUCUUUCUUUCUGAUGCAUCGGCGGACGGAUUUGUGGGGACCAGACGCGCUUGAAUUCGAUCCUGAUCGGUUCCUCGAUAGUCGUGUCCACAAAUAUCUCACCCCAAACCCAUACAUCUUCCUCCCCUUCAACGCGGGCCCUCGAAUUUGCCUCGGUCAACAGUUCGCAUACAACGAAGCUUCGUACUACCUCAUUCGACUUUUGCAGAACUUCUCUUCGUUCAACCUCGCCUUGGAUGUACAACCUCCGGAGGGUAUUCCCCCGAAAAGCUGGACGCACGCUCCGGGGACGACCAAGGGCAGAGAGAAGAUCAUGUUUGGGGUACAUAUUACGCUGUUUGUCAAGGGUGGAUUGUGGGUGAGGAUGAAAGAAGCGAAGGAUGGGUAA